AUGGACCAGCUGCUGCGGCACCAGCGGGGGGACUCCGCAGCCACCUGCUGCCUUCACGGAGCGAAGCUUGUUCCUCGUGAUUGUCGACGCCAGAGUGUGUGCUGUUCUCAGGGCCGCCGCCCAGGCUCACAGGGACUGGCACACCCUCACAGUCACCCCAUCUCUGCUGCGACCUGGCUUUUCCUCUCUGUAAGUGGACAACUGUACUUGUCCCGGACUCCAGGAGGGCCAUCCUCUGGAACUAGAGCCGAGUUCACGGGCCCCCCACAGAAGCCGCCGAGGCUGGGUGCACAGUCCAUCCAGCCCACAGCCAACCUGGAUCGGACCGACGACAUGGUGUACGACAAUGUCAUGGAUCUGGUGCAGGCUGUGCUGGACCUCAAGAAUAAACUCUGCCAGCUGCCCCCCGAGGCCUACGUGAUGGUGGUGAAGAACGUGGGCCUGACCCUGCGGAAGCUGAUCGGGAGCGUGGACAGUAUCCUGCCUUCCUUGCCGGCGUCGUCACGGACGGAGAUUGAAGGGACCCAGAAACUGCUCAACAAGGACCUGGCGGAGCUCAUCAAUAAGAUGCGACUGGCCCAGCAAAACGCCGUGACCUCCCUGAGCGAGGAGUGCAAGCGGCAGAUGCUCACGGCCUCCCACACCCUGGCCGUGGACGCAAAGAACCUGCUCGAUGCCGUGGACCAGGCCAAGAUUCUGGCCAACCUGGCUCACCCGCCUGCAGAGUGACGGAGCGUGGGCCAUCCGCCUGCGUCUUCGCCCCGCCUGUCGUGUACCUCCCUUGCCCCCGGCCCUGCCCUGCCUUCGGCCACGUGGGUCUUCUCAGGGGGAAGGCCGAGAGGAGUCCUUCCCUUACCACUUUGCACGACCCCCUCUCCCCACCCGACACCCAGACUGUGCUGCUCAGGCUGCAGCUGGACAGAGGGGACUCAGGGCUGUAGAAGCCAGGGGGUGACCACCAGGGCUCAGAGGGAGCACAGCUGCCACUGGCCACUCCCUUCUCCUACCUGCUGGGCCUGCUGGGGGUCCCGCUGAUGCCCCUAGUGGCCAGGAUGGCUUUAUGCAUGGACAUAGCAGGCCCUGUGGGAACCAAGCUAUUCCUUCUUCCUCUUCUGCCCACGGAAGUCCCCCGAUGCAGAGGGGCCCCAGAGGGGCUUUCUUUGGCGGAGUGGAUGGUCGGUGAGAUGAGGGAUGGACCUGGCUUUCUUGUACAGUAUGUAUUGGAAUUUAUUUAAUGUGAGUCUGGUCUGGACAGACAGCCAUGCACCCUGGAGGGGGCCUGGGACACAGUCCAGCAACAAGCUAGUGGGAGGCCGGGCACAGGACGCUGUGUGGCCACACGCCAAGUGUCGAGGAGAAGGGGAGUGGGGGCCAAACAGGACUUGGACCACAAGCCACUCUCUGCCUCACGCCCACUUUUCUCUUUCUUUCCUUAUUUUGCCUCCUCCUCCUUCCUUCCUCUUUUCUUAUUCCUCCCUCUUUCCCCUUCCUCACCAGCUUCCUCCUCCUCCUCCCUCGUGUUUGUGCAGAACACCCUUUACGUUCUUUCUAUUUGCCUUGUGGAUGAAUUAAAUUGUACUAUUUGC